UACCGCACGCUUGUGUUAGCUUGUACCGGAGUACAACAGCUGAUCGUUCGGGCGUCCGACUGUCCGUGUUCCCGUCAUAUACAAAAGGAAGUAGAAACCAAGUUAUACCAGAAACAAACCCUGGCUACAAUGAAGCCGACGCCGUUGGUCGCCGACGAAAUGUUCCCCGAGGGAGCCGGACGAUUCAUGUCCUUUGAGAUGAUCUCCGACAACAUGGAAGAAAUGGCCGGGGGCUCUAAUUCCAUCAUGAUCGACAUAGGCACGGACGAGAAGGCGGUUCACGCUGAUUUUUUCAACAAGUUUGAAGAUUUAUUUGACGACGAUGACCUGGAGUGAACGAGAAUUAUUUAAGGGCGAUUCAAAAAUUGUGUUAAAAGGAAACGGAUAUUUGACUGUCAAUGUGAUUAAAAUCCUUACAUUAUUAAUCGGAACUCUUGUGUAAACAUUUUUUGGAACUGCAUAUUAUUAAUAAAACAUGAAUUGAUAACGA